CAGGUGACACAACUCACAUAGAAUUCAAACAUUUUCCAAAUUCUUGUCGUAAUUGUCAGGCCGAAACGAAAAAUUCCCCGUUCCCCUCAUCACCAUCCCCAUCCGCCCGCGUAGUAACCCGAAAGUCGCGAUGUCCGCAAUCCUGCUGCUGGCAAUUUUCCUGGGUCUAUUCAUUCCACUGCUGCUCGCCGCAUUGGGUACUCUGAACCGAGGCAUCUCCACCGGGAGCAGUAGAAGUGGUAGCAACCAGUUGGCCCUGGUGCCGGCGGCGACAGGCGUUCAAAGAGCAGCCCGCUACGAUCCCUUGGAGCAGUCGUCGUGGCACAAAUCAAUCCGGCCGCAUAUACGCUUUUUGGCUCGCUACAUUCACGUGCCGCCGGAUUUCGAUGGCGUCGAAAUGCCCGAGGAACUGCAUCGCCACAUGCAGGUGCUGGCCAUGCUCCAGGAUCAGUUCCGGGCGGGCCACUUGCAAAGGAGCCCAGUUACCAAUUCCGGUUCCGUGACGGAUCUCGAUCUUUACCGGAAUCAAUGAAGAGGAUGCAACAGAUAGAUUGGAUAGGCAGUCAAUUUGGUUCACACUCGAGCUAAUCAUUCCCAAUUAAAUCCCAUAGUUAAGCCCCGUUCCUGGAAUUCUCUUCGCUGUUCAAUGGCUGCUUAUUAUGUUGACGAAACUGCAGAUACCCGGGGAAAAAUGAUUAGGUAAUUUAUUAAUAUCGACCGCUGGUUAAGUGAACGUUGACUGCCACGACAUCUUGCAACACAAUGUCGCGCCAUGACUUGUAUUGAAACCCAAACCCAAGCCCACACUGCUUCACUGUAGCCAAAUAAAUGGAACGCCCGUGCGCCAAGGGAAAAUCAUGAGGCUUGGCUUUCUCUGCCGUCCAAGGACCAAGGACUCGCCAGGGAGCGACGCCAGGACUCAAGUCGCAAGGAGGAAACAGGAGGAUUGACAUGUAACUGUUUGUCACACAAAAUUAGCGUCGGGCGUCGAGUGCCGACUGCUGAGUGUCGGCCACAUCAUUUAUCAAUGUAUCAAUUGUUAGGCGACAGGCGACAAUAAAAACAAAGCCACUCCAGUUGCGAGCAGGGAAA